GUCUCCCUUCCCACACCUCUGAACUCAGGUUUAUUUGUUCUUUGCCUGUUUUCAAAGGUGUGAAACUGCCUCUUUUCACUUUCUUUGCGCACUGGUGUUGUUUUUUUUGUCAUUACAUUGCUGUUCGUAAAUAUUGCUUAUAAGUUUGUAAAACAUGCAGUCAGCUGAAAAUGGUAUGGCAGUUAUCUUUCCUGCAACCCUGGUCUAAGACUUCAAGACCGGCCACUUGUCUAAUUUUUACUUAUAUUCAAGAAAAUGGCAUGUAUGAGGCUUAUUUGCUUCUCAAAAUACUAAAAGUGAGAAUUUUCUUAGUGAUUAAGUAUGAAAGAUGAUUUCCAAAAUAUUGUCCUUAUUGCAUGUAGUAACCCUAAGAUACCAGGGGAGGAAACAGGAAUAAACAUGAGAAUGGUAUAUCAAUUUGGUGUUCUCUGCAACAUCCUAAUAUGGCUAAACAAUGUCCAGCAAAACCAGAGGGUACAAAACAGAGCUUAGUAUUUAACUUUGUGAAUGACAACCCAGGUCUUGAAAAGCUGUCUUGAAAGAUUUUUUUAAAAAACCCCAGACUUUCUCUUUGGAACAGCUGCCUUUCCAAAAGCAAGAAGUCCGAUUUUUAGGAAUGUUUUUUGAUUCCACAGAAAGUGCCCUUUUAGUGGUCAUGUCCUAGGACUCUCCAGAAGAAUAAUGUUGUCUUGCCCUCAACUGCAUGUCAAUAUUUUGACCAGGAGGUUUUUGGAAUCCUUGAACAAAACGAGUCUCUGGAGAACCAGUGAAACUACCUGAUCAUUUAUUUGGCAAGGUAUGAUCAUUCCCAAAGAUGGUCUGAUGGGCCAGCCUUAACAACAGGUGCUGGCUGACUGUGUGAGUUCCACUGUAGCCUGCUCAUCAGCUGUGGGUUUAUUACAUGUUGGUGGCUGCUAUCUUACUCACUGGUAUAAUGAACUGAGAAUCCUUGGGAAAAUAAGAAUUGAAUCUCAGCUGCCAGUGAAUGCAAGCAUUUUAAAAAAAAAGCCUAAUCUGUCUGGCAAAUCCCAGACCAAUUUCUAAUUGGAAUUAAAAGUUGGGAACUGGAGAUUUUAAUUAGAAAUACACAAAUCUAAAAGACCACUUGACUCUCAGAACAAAUUUCCCCUUAGUAUAGCAGUUUUAAUUUGCAGAGGAGUUGUUCUGGCUUUCCUAACUCCUCAAGACCACUAAGCUGUAAUGCUUUUUCCUCUUUCACUUUUGGAUUAGUCUAAAAGUGCUUUGUUUUAGCACUUGAUCACUUCUAAAACUUAAAGGUUAUGUUGACAUUUCUAAGGAAUCAGGCAGAACAAAAACAGAUUAAUAAAUCAAAGUAGUAGGUGCUAAAGAAGUAUUGUAUUAUAUUAUAUGCAACUCAGGGGAUUUUAUUUCAGACUAGUCAGGUCCCACAAGCUAAAUGUCCUCCCUACAUCUGUUCAAAUAUGUCCAAAGCACCAAUUGCUGGCUCAGGUUUUUAUGCCACCAUAAAGGGUCAGAGUGCACUGGGGUAGAGUUUCCAGGUACCUUCCUCUGAAAAAAAAUGUGGUUUGCAAGCAUAACACAGCUCUGUAUAUUGAAUCUAUGCACCAUAAGUGUGGCUAACCAGGGAUUUUUUUUUAAAUUUUGUCAAUGCUCAAAACCAGAAAAGUAAGGUAAUAACAGGCAUUAGAGACCAGGAAAGGUUUCUUACAGACAGAAAAAUGUUUCUGAUAAGAAACACGAACAGUUUAACUCAAAAUCUACAAGUGUUUUCAAGCAAAUAUUUAACUAAACUGAUGUGUCAUGUUUUUUCUAUAAUUUAUGCAACAAAAAUACAAUUAAACUUCAGUUUAUAAAUACAAAACCUGCUCUAACCACAUUAGUUUGAAGCUGAUUUUUCAUAGUUCAAACAUGAAGGACUGUAAGCAUCACUUGGCUCAAACUCUUUAAAGGACUUUAUUCCACUUACACUUGGAAUCACUGUUUUAGCAAGAGUGAGCAAUUCUAGUAUAGAGUUGUGAUACUGUCUGACUUCUGUCCCACAUACAGCAUUUAAAGAUCUCCUUAGCAUAAAGAGUCAGGCUCAUCCUGGCUCAGUUUAUUCCCUCUUGGACUUUCUAGAGAUACAGCUUCGGAUUUUCUGGUGGACAAACAGGUUGGGGAGACAAAAAGAUGCAAAAGAAUAAAGUUUUUUUGGGUUGUUCUGUUUCACAAAGAACAACUCAUCCAGUCAAAACAGUUUUCAUGUACCAGCAGAAACUGCUUGCAAAGAGAAAUUCCACAGAACAUUCUGUGAUGAAUGUUUCUUCCCCUGCAGAGAGAUUUGGUCAGGUCACUGGUGAAAAAAGACAGGCAGAAAGGUGGGACUAAGGCCAGCUGGAAAGCUGGCAGUUUGUCUGGCUUGAAUGGUUCUUGGUUUUGUUUCUCUUUUUCACAAGAUAAAGUCAGUGCAUUUAAUCUGAAAGAACGAGUGGUUCAGACCGCGGUUCUGCUCAAUUGUUUUUGCUCAUAUGGUCAAGGGAAACUUGGAAAAAACUCAACUGCGAAGACUCCAAACGUCGAAAUACAAAGAAAAAUAACCAAUACUAUUUUCGUUGUAACUGUAUGGAUGUUGUACUUGUACAUGAACGAGCACACAAGUAAACUUUCACUUGCUUUGAGCAGUUCACGAUGUUCCAACACCAAAGUCAGAUGCCAUGAACUGAGAUGUUCUAUGCUAUAUGCUGCUUCACCUCCACAUCUCUGCUAAGAACAGCUCUUUCAGCAAGCAAUGGGAAGACUUCGCUUGCAUAAAAUGCAAACAUUACGUUCUCUGAAGCUCUGGAGGGGGAAAGUAAGACUGAAAUAGAGGUUGCCUCUUUCUUAUGAACCCCCUAGUAUAGCCUAAGCUGAAAAUGGGUCAGUUUGGUGAUCCAGUAAAGGAAUCCAUUUACUGACACCCCUAGGGCUCCUGCAUAUCGCUCAAGUAUUACCACUUUGGAAGGCUGGUGUUGUAUCUCAGUGCUAAAAUCAGAAAGCUGGAGUUUACUCACGUGCACAGGAGCAGACAGAUCUCCUCUCCAUCACUCUGUCUUUGGAGAUGGCAGCAAUAAUUUAGCUCUGCUAAACUGCACAAAUGCACAGGGGAAAGCACGCAGCUAAGGUGGAAUCUCAUUUCCUUUAGGUGAAGCAACUAAGUUAUUACUGAGCUACAGACAUCACAGCCUUGGGUUACACAGCUGAAAAAUGGGUUGCUGAUAACAGUGUCCCUCCCAUUAUUUGGUGUGACUUUACUAUGUUCUAAAAGCAACAAAGAAACUUUAAAUAUUAACAGUUUCUGGAAGCCAAUCUAGGUUUAGAGCUGAGUGUUUUACAGCUACCAUAUUCAUUUGGCAUGGAGUCUUAAGGCAUAUAUAGCACAAUAAACAACUAUUUACAGGAAGGAAACCCUUCCUUUCAGGAGAAAAAAGAAUUGAAGAAAAUGACCUCCUGUCAGCCUGAACGCAAAAGAUACAUGUUUUAUUGCACUAGGUUUCGGGUUUGGGUUUUUUCUUUUGGUUAGUGGUGUUUUGUCAAAAGCUACUGUAAGUAGCAGUAUAAGUAAGGUAGUAUAGCUAAGAUAUAUUACUAAAUUAUCAUUCAUAAACAAGACCUCUUAAUAGAUAUCCAUAGAAAUUAUAUUCCAAUAAUCUUACAUAUUUAAAAUCACUACCAUCCCUCAGGAAGCUGCAGAAACAAUACACGUGUGAAUUUCAAUGGGGUUUUUUUGUAAACACCAAAUUACUACCAGGUAAACUGUAUGAGUUUAGAGAGAGGCAGGCAGGAACUGUGCAAUUAAAUAUGUGAGCCUUGUGUACAGAAGCUGAUGUAAUCUUCUUUAUGUACCCCAUAAAAAACAUUCAUUGGAUAUUGAACUGCCCACUAGCUUUUAAGUUUGUAAAGCAAGGAAGGGCACAGUACUUAUUUCUUGGCUCUCUGACUUCAUUUGGCUGUAAGAAGUGAAUGGCAUUUGAAUAAGGACUUGCUGUCCUCACACACAAGCCUCUCAUUCUCCAAACUAAUUUAGGAACACAUAAAUGAAGUAAACUGGGACAAUGGAAAGACAACUCGAGGCUACCAGAAUGGAAAACAGCACCUCUUCCUUCCUUAUCAUGGAAAGAAAGACACAUGUGAAGAUUAAUAGGAAACAAGUCAUGCUAGCUAAGCUGAAAAAGAGCUGCUCCUGCACCCCACGGAAGCUGAAGAACUUUGUUAUGGAUUUCUUUCCUGUUUUACGAUGGCUUCCCAAGUACCAGUGCAAAGAAUACAUUUGGGGGGAUAUUAUGUCUGGGUUAGUGAUUGGGAUCAUUUUGGUGCCUCAAGCAAUUGCAUACUCACUGCUGGCAGGUCUGAAGCCCAUUUAUAGUCUUUACACGUCAUUCUUCGCCAACAUCAUCUAUUUCUUAAUGGGCACAUCCCGUCAUGUAUCAGUUGGCAUUUUCAGCUUGAUAAGCUUAAUGGUAGGACAAGUUGUGGACCGAGAACUUCUCUUGGCUGGGUUUGACUUGAAUGAUGAUGCCCCACCAGCCUUGGGUGAUGGCUCUCUGCAGAAUGACAGUCUGUCCAACACAACUGCCUUCAACCUUACAAUUGCGGGGAUAAAUGCUGAGUGCGGGAAAGAAUGCUACGCUAUCGGCAUUGCUACAGCCUUGACAUUCAUGGCUGGAGUGUAUCAGGUUCUAAUGGGGAUUUUCCGCCUGGGUUUCGUAUCUAUGUACCUAUCUGAGUCGGUACUAGACGGCUUUGCAACCGGUGCUUCCUUAACCAUUUUAACAGCUCAAGUGAAAUAUCUGAUUGGAAUAAAAAUUCCACGUAGCCAAGGGCAUGGGAUGCUUGUUAUUACCUGGAUUAACAUUUUCCGGAACAUUUCUCAGGCCAACCUUUGUGAUGUCAUCACAAGUGCCAUUUGUAUCGUGGUGCUGGUCACUGCGAAGGAACUGGGAGAUCGGUAUAAGCACAAACUGAAAUUUCCUCUUCCCACAGAGCUGGUAGUUAUUGUUGUGGCAACACUGGUGUCACACUACGGGAAGUUAAAUGAAGUCUAUGCAUCCAGUGUUUCUGGAGCUAUUCCAACGGGAUUUAUUCCUCCAGAGGUACCACAGUUCAACUUAAUGCUCCGAGUCGCUGUAGAUGCUUUGCCUCUUGCCCUAGUCAGUUUUGCCUUCACUGUGUCCCUUUCCGAAAUGUGUGCAAAGAAAUAUGCUUACACCAUCCGAGCCAAUCAGGAGAUGUUUGCUGUGGGGUUCUGCAACAUCAUUCCUUCUUUUUUCCACUCUUUUGCAACCAGUGCAGCUCUGGCAAAAACCCUCGUCAAAACAUCUACAGGUUGCCAGACUCAAGUCUCCGGAGUAAUUAGUGCAAUGGUGGUUUUGCUGGUGCUGCUCUUCCUGGCACCUCUCUUCUACUCCUUGCAGAAGUGUGUCCUGGCUUGUAUCAUUAUUGUCAGCCUCCGAGGAGCCCUGAGGAAGUUCAGAGAUGUGCCAGCACGGUACCACGUGAAUAAGGUGGACACGCUUGUUUGGGUCAUUACUGUGUCUGCCUCUGCCUUGGUCAGCACAGAAAUAGGGUUGUUGGUUGGCAUGGUUUUCUCCAUGUUAUGCAUUGUUGUUCGGACACAGCGGCCACGGACAGCCCUGCUCGGUCAGAUCCAAGACACAGGCUUUUAUGAGGAUGACUUAGAAUAUGAAAAUCUCACUACUGUUCCAAAGGUCAAAAUAUUUCGUUUUGAGGGUCCACUUUACUAUGCAAAUAAAAACUAUUUCCUAAAGUCUCUGUACAGAUUGACCAAUUUAGAUCCUAAUCUAGAAGCUGCUAGAAGGAAGAAAUAUGAGAAGAAGGAAAAGCAGCAUCUGCGAAAGGGAAAUCACAGAACUGCCAAUGGACUGGGCAUCGAAGAAACCACUUUGCAACUAGUUCCUAAACAAAUUGAUUUCCAAGCCCUUGUUGUAGAUUGCUCCUCCAUCUCAUUUUUGGACACCACUGGAGUUAAUACCCUAAAGGAAAUCCUGAAAGACUACAAGAACUUAAACAUUUCUGUUCUCCUGGCUUGCUGCAAUCCCUCAGUGAUAGACUCUCUGAAAAGAGGAGGUUACUUUGGAGGAGAUUUUGGAAGUAUGCAGGAAAUGCUGUUCUACAGUAUACAUAAUGCUGUGCUGUUUGCAAAAGACCAAAAGCUUCCAGCAGAUUGCUCAGUUUAACCCUAUGGCUUCCUUGACAAUUCACCACAAAAGCAACAGAUGCAGUGGGGCAAUUUGCAAUAGGUAAAUUAUCAGACACACUAUUGGCUGUGUACAAGCCAUUCUCCCCUGAAGAGCUCCACUGUUUGUCAGAUGCCAUGUAGAACAGCCACUGAGGAUGCAGUCCAGGACAAGCAUGGAACAGGUCAGACUAUCACCUGCACCUUCACUUUAAAAUGCAGGUGACGUGCAGUAAGGAAUUUUGGGAUUGGCUUGUCCCUUGUACCAUGAUCGUUUAUGACCCAACAUGUAUGUCAUGAGACUGUUGUGCUCAUGGUCAGCCCAGUGUCACCUGGCUCUCCCAGGGGUUUAAUGACCAGUUUGUGUUAAGAGGGUUAAGCCAUUCCCAUGAAAAUGCAAUCAAUCUAGCAUCCUGGACAUGUAAUGGUUUAAAUUCUGGCUUGCAAGGCCCUGCCCCUUCCAUCAUUCCAGAUGCGCUCCUAAACAACUCCCACUGUUUGCACACAAAUAAAAUGUAUAAAAUAUUGUGGAAUGUAGCAUGUCUCUCCUCCUCGAUUACACAGGCUUAAUAACAUAACCUGCCACAGGAGAAGAAAUUGUGAUUCAUCACAGGUUCCUCUCAAAACGACCAUUUCCAAAAAUUGCUGCUGGAGUUGGCUGUUUUAUUAGCUUAAAUCUGUGGUAAUUAGUUGCUGAAGGCUGUGAUACCCCUAAUGAUGCCAGAAGAAACAUGCUUGACGCAAGAUUUCGUAACUAGUAAGAGGAUAAACAGGAUUAGGGAAAACGAAUGGCUUUAACUUACAGUCACACAACUACCCAGGUAGCUGUACCACCGUCCUGUAAAAAUAAGUUGCCUCUGGUGGGCAGAUGCAACUCUAAUUCAGGGAUACAUAAGGAUCACGAAACAUAAAACCUCAGAACCGUGAUGCAGUACGUCACCUUCUUCCUACAAAUCCCUGCCUGGGUUCAAAGAAAAAUAGGAGCAAAUAGGGUAGGGUGGGAAGGUAAAUCUGUGAGUUGCCUACAAGGGGAUUGAUAGGUCAGUCAGAACUGCCUGGCUGGUCUUCUCUGAUGCAAUACUAAUGAAGUAUUACAAGUAACAUACCUGGGCCAAGUAAAGGGAGCAACGCUUUGUAACUUGUGAUCCUCGUAUGUUGGAAAAAUUCCACAACUGUUUGUACAUACUACAGAUGUUGUGGGGUUUUGUUUGUUUUGCUUUGGUUUUUUUUCCUCCUAUCAUAUUAGUCUUUGAUUUGAGGUCCACUAGACCGUGUUUUCCAGGUCUAGUCACCUUCUAUAAUAAUUUACCUUAACUGCUGUUCAUUGUGCUUUAUGUCGUAUGAUACUGCCAGUGUCAGUUGUUUUGUUAUAUAUGCAUAUUCUUUUUAUUACAAAUAAGCACAGCUUUGGAUUUUGAUUUUAACACAGUUAGUACACAGUGUUCUGGCUCAUGGCACAGGCAGAAUGUCCUCCACUCAAGUUUAUAAUUACCUGCACAAAAGGUAGAAAAGCUGCCCUGUCUCUCUCAUUAAUCAUGGCUGGUUCAUACAGCACCAAGCACAGAAGGAAAUUCUAUCACAGCUGUGCCUCCUACAAUUAGCAGACUCCAGAAACAGAGUCCAUGUAGAAGCUCUAGAAACAGAGCUUCCAAGUAUGCAGAAGCUAUUUCUUUGCUGUGACAUUAAAAAAAAAAAAAAAGAAGUCAAGUCAACACAAUAUGUGACUUGCUUGUUUCAACUUUUUAGAUCUCUGAAAGAAAGAACACUCAGACUGAGGCUCUCCAGGUGCCCCAGGCACUGUCUGGCUCUCAAGAACAAGUAUUGCUUUACCAAAAGAUAAAAAAAUAAAUUCAAAAAAAUAAAAAAUGUCUUCACAGGGAUUGAGAAUAGCACAGUAUUAGUUGAUUCAAUACUGACAUUUUCAUGAACUCAUUACUGUUAAGAAGGCCAGAGCAGUAAAACCUGCCAGAAAUGUCACAAGAUUAAAGGAUUGAUCAUUGGCAGCAUUUUCAUGUCAUCAAACAAUUCACUUACAUUAUUAUUUAAACUGCUGACUUGGUAUGCCUAGAUUUUCUGUUCUAAAAAGAAAUGAGCAGAGCCCAAGGAAAAAAUAUUGCUUUGUGUAACCAUUCUCUGAUCAGGAAAUACCUCUUUUAAGGUCCUGCUUGCGGCAAGCAUGAGGAGUUAAUACCACACAGUAUCAGUACAGACACUCUUAGGCUGCUGUGCCAAGACAAGCUGUCGUUCGAAGUCAAAUAAAACAUCCUAGCAAUCCAGACAUUUUUUAGCUUUAUGGAUCAAUCCACCAACCCAGAACACAAAGAAAAAAAUUGCAAAAGAUACCCUUAACUCUAGAUUAAUCUCAUUUUAAAAGAGAAAAAAAAAGAGGUUCUAAUGGAAGGUGUAUUCUUGCAACAGUCUCCAGAGAAAAAUGAAGAGAGGCUGAGAAAUUAAGAGUCAGAAGUCUCUUUUUCAUCAUAUUUAUUGUAGGAAUGGUACAAAAGGAUACCUAAGCUAAGAAACUUGGCUACACAUAAGAGAGAGUAAGCUUUAGGACUUUUACUACAAAGAAAGAAACUAUUGAUCAGAAGAAACCAUAGAAACAAUUUUCUGGUUUGGGUUUACUAGCAGAACUGGCUCACAAUCAAGCUGUGUUGAACAAUGUGAAACACAGCAGGGAAACAACUUCAGUGCUAUGCUGUAGGGAUGUUGGGAGACUCUGAAUUAUUUCUAAGGAGUAUGUAAAAGUUAAUUUAAAAAGCAAACCUUUUUCUAGCACAUUUAUGUUUGCUAUACUGUGUUAUACCAAUAUGAAGGACAUGAAGACUGAAAAUUAACAAAAACUGCUGAUUCUCUUCUCUCCCAAUCUACCAGAGAUUAAGUAUGGUGACUUGCAGAGAAGCUGGGGAUGGUCUUGUAAUUCCAACUAUGUUAAUAUUAAUACUGUUGAAAUAAAGAUUGUUAUAUGCCUUUUAGGAAAUGUUAUAUGCUUCAUAUAGAAUGACUGUAUUUUUGUUCACUGUGAUGCCUUGUGAUUUAUCAUGUAUCAUGUAUCAAACAGAUUUUAGUACUGCUACAUAAGAACAGAAAAGGGUUCUUAACUUGUGGACUGUGUGUGUCCCUUAGAGCUGGGCAAGGAGUUGGGAAUCUUCAGCUCAAACUGUCCUGUUGACUAGUGCAGCAUGGCAAGAAUGUGUGGUUUAGGUGUCAAAACAGCUCUGUUUAUUGGCACUGGUAACUAACAACCUGGGAACUGCCCAGUCCCUGAAAAACAUCUUGGGUUUCCCAAUAAUCAUGAAUACUUCUACACCACAAGACCAAGAGACAAAUGUGUGCUUUUGGCUGGAAAAUAAAACUAGCAGUUCUUUGAAAA